CAAAGAUUUGGCGCGCUUUAGCCGGAUCAUGACACCAACAAACAACCUCGCGCGCUGUUCUCUUCUGUUGUGGUUGUGAUCGCGCCAAAACAUCGUUUCGCGCCGGCGGCAAAACGUUUUCCCUCUCGGUGCGCACGACGAAACACCACAUAUCAGUCUAGUUUCUUUUCGGCCGCGACUUUCUGUGCAUCAAGACGUGUUCCCGCGAAAUUAACCCUACUUAGUGUAUACCUAGUGCAAACCACACCCGCUCUAAGAAGGCACUCGUUGCCCAACCACAGCAUCCCCAGCUUGCGCAGGGCGAAAACAUUCUACAAUGAGCAUCAAUCAGGAGUUUGAUCCUGAAGUAGACCCCUUGGACACGUCUUCUGCAUCGCCCUUUGAUGAAGACCUCUACGCCGCCCUAGAGAAGCUAUGCAGAGUGUUCAAUCUUGAUCCUGACACCAGCAAGGAUGCGUGGGAGAAGUUUGAGGAUAUUUCCAGUAAAUUUACUCUGGAGGGAAAUAAAGUAUCCUGGCUGGCCUGCUCUCUAGUAGCCACAUGCCGCCGGCAGGAAAUGAUGGUUGGGGACAGGACUGUGGUGAGGAGCAAUCCAAUCAGCUUGACCCAGGUCCUGCGCCAUACAAACUUAAGCUUGAAACAGUUUUUCGGCUGCAUGAAAGCAUGGGUCGUCAUGUCGAAACUACCAGUAGAUUUUGCACGCGAUGUGCAGGUCGCUGAGCAUAAUUUCAUUGUUUGUCAGAAUGUCUAUAAAAGUUACGAGCCGUUAUUUAAGAAGUUGUUUAAAAUGCCGGAUCUGGAAGCGAUCAAAACGCGCAAAACGUCCUUCCAGAGUACACCAGUAGGUGUAUUUGAAUUCACCUGGUUAUUAUUUCUACUUUUAAAAGGGAAAUAUCUGAAUAUGGGUGAUGAUUUAAUUGAAUGCAUAAAAAUUCUUCAGUGCUGCUGCAACCUUGCGUUCAAGAACGUAAUCAUGCUCAAUAAACGUGAAAUUCUAAAUGUUGAUUUUGUCGGUUUGCCAAAAGGCUGGAAUUUGCCUGGAUAUCAAAUUCCUAGGGAGGCGCCUUGCGUGAUUGAUAAAUUGUUUCACAAUUUUGGCACAUUGAAUCUGGCGGAUGUGAAAUACGUUCAGGAUUAUAAAAUUGCACCGGUGCUGGCGAAAUUGAAGAAUGAUGAAGGGUUGCAUACAUCCAAGGAUGAUUUUUCGGAUUUGUUCAAAGAGGAAUAUUUUGAGGAGAAUUACACUACAUUGACCAAAUUGUACGAGCAGUAUAUCUUUACCGAGUGGUGUUAUGACGAAAACAUCUUUUUAAAAGAAACCUACAGACAAAUUGAACUUCAAGGCAUGAAAUGUUCAAAUGGAGAUAUGAUUGCAAGUACGCCGGUUAAUGAACGUCGUUUGCCAAUGCGAGUUCCUGAAACACCGUUGACAGGCAGACAGUACGUUGGUCCCGCUGACAGGACACAGGAUAAUUCACCUGACUCACAGUUGAAGUUCAUCGCCAUGUUGGCGACGCGACCGUCGGGCAUGUCCGAUAAUAUAUCAAAAAUGAUUGCUGAUUGUGGUGGUGAAAAUCUCGGCGAGAAAAUCGUCAAUAUCGAAAAAGAUCUCGGAGCUAAAUUUGCGGCAGGCGCUGGUGGUGAUGACGAAAAGAAAGUUAUAGGCGUGAAACUCUUUUAUUAUCUUAUGGAGAUGGUGCUUGCUGGUGAGCGUCGUCUUGAUAAAGACAUUGCGCCUCUUUUGAAACAUGAUUUCUUCGCAAUGUGCGUUUUUACGUGUGCGAUGGAGAUUGUCAUUUACGCGACAAACAUGGCGGACCAAUACAAGUUUCCAUGGAUUCUCAAGUGCAUGUCGCUGCCGGCGGUUCACUUGGUGCGGAUUAUUGAACUGGUUGUGAGGAACACGAAUCAGUUUUCAAGGAAUAUUAUCAAACAUCUUUCAUAUGUGGAGGAAACAAUCUUGGAGAGUUUAAUGUGGAAAGAAGACAGUGUAUUAUGGAAGGAUAUGAAAACAUCCAACUAUAUCAUCCCGAAGUUUGAGGAAAUUGCGCGUCCAGGAACGACAAUCAGCGCUUCGGGUGUGCCAUCAACCCCGACAAUGCGGCGUGCGCUUGUUGGAGCAGGUUUGACACAGCCUAGUCCAUCAGAACCGUUCCAAUCGCCACGGUACAGCAACAUUCGUCCGGGGCAAUCACUGCUCAACUCUAACCGCAAUCAGCUGGCUAAUCAGAACGCCAGCAAUGGUAAUACACCCAGAAAGAAUGGCAGUUUGGGGAUCAUCUUCAGAAAAUUUUAUGUACUGGCUGGCGUACGUAUGGACGAUCUAUGCAAGCGGUUAAACAUCAACGAUACGGAAACACGCAUGAAGAUUUGGACGUUCCUUGAGGCGACAAUUCGCGAAAGUCGGCGUGAUGCAACCCAGGGUGAAGUUUGGCUGCUCAAACACCGCCAUCUUGAUCAGCUGAUCAUGUGUUCUGUGUAUAUUGUCUUCAAAUUGUCAUCAAAAUCGUUGCAAUUUACGGAUAUUAUGCAAGCUUAUAAGCUGCAACCACAAGCACACAACGUCAUCUACCGGCAAGUCUUCUUUGACAAGGAGAAACGCGGUGAUUUGAUUCAAUUCUACAACCAGAUUUAUGUGCAGCAUGUGAAGCCUUUAAUUCAGCGCAUUUGCCCCAGCAGCCCGAGUCGUAACGUGGAAAAUUAUGCGCUGUCGCCAUUACCGACCAAUCCGCAUGUUUUUGAGUCGCCUCGCCGCCAGGUUGCGGACAAUGUGUAUGUGAACAUGCUGGAGUCGCCGACGAAUGCCGACUUCAAUCCAACUUAUUCGUACUAUUUUAAUCGGAGCAAUGUGCGCGAUUUGCAGAAUAUCAAUAAAGUGGUUGGCCACUCAGCGAAGCGUCUGCUUACUGACAGCAACACUACAGAAGAGCGGGACAACAAGCGUCUUUGCAAUCGCAAAAUGCAGGCUUUAAUCGAGGAGCGCGAAGUGCAAAAUAUGAUUUAAGUUGAUUAAUUAGUUUUUAGUGUAUUUGUAUCUAGAGUUGGAAGCCUGACGAAUCAUAUUUCCAAGAGAUUUCGAAAAUUCAUCAAAUUGGUUUCUUCUUCAAUUAGUGUCUAAUUGUGCUUUUUAUUGAAAUGACGAUAUGCUGUAAUAGUGUAGUAAUUUUUAAAAAUACCUAUCGUGAACGCUUCUGUGAGAUUGAGGUGUUUGAUAAAUUUAUAUAUAAAAACUAAA